AUGUACCAGUCCGGUCAUUACUCGAUGUACGCCCCUACGCCUCAGAAGUAUUCCCCCUGGCCACAAGGCACUGCAACGGGUGGUGGCAGUGGUAGUGGCGUUGGCGGUGGUUCUGGCGGCGGUGGAGGUAGCAAUGACCCACGGUCAAUUCCUACGCCGCCGAUUUCGAGUCAGCCCAGAAAGAAGACCAGAGUCUCAGCCACCCCUGAGCCUUCUUCUUCAUACUAUUCGCACAGGCCAGAGCUGAGCCAGAGAAGAGUUGCUAGCCCGCAAAGUGCCGCUUCCGCCGCCGCCUCCUCCUCCUCCGUCUCGCCCUCGAAAGAGGACCCCCGAUACGACAACUAUGACACCAUGUACGAUCACUACCCGCUGAGUGCCGCCGCGUCCGAUGCCGACUCCUCAUACUGGUACUCAAGACAGAGCAGAGACGACCAGGACCGAAGAACCUCCUCCGGUGCACACUAUUCCACCUACGCAACCAAGUCGUACAGCAGACAUUCGACCGAAGACUUCGACAACUCUCCGUACUCGGAUUCCGGCGACUCGCGGGCGGCACGAGCUGGACAACACUACCACCACUCGCGCCGGGGCCAAUCGGCAUAUCCGGAGAGCUCCACCGAUGCCGAAAGCCGCUGGAGUCCCCGCGGAGGGCCCGCCGUGCAACUCGCACCGAGCAGCGAGGCCAGCGCCGUCGCCGCUCGACAAGCAGUCACCGAGCUCUUCCCCGAAUUGAACGAAACCCACUACCCUGGCGACGACUCGAGCCGCUCGGUGGCAGCAACGCCAGCACCCGUCCGGCCCCCGUUCUACUCCGGCUCGUCCUACACGUCGACAACCUCCAGGGGGCGGUUUUCGCCGGCCAUGGUGGAUCCUAGCUUGGGCUCAUCAUACAGGCCGUCUAGCACUCGUUCCCCAUCGCAGAGCGACCGGCCACGGGGACAUUAUGGUGUAAGCUCGGUAACGCCGGAAUCCUUGUACCCAAUGCCCAAAUCGCCCUCCGCGAACUACGAUUCGGCAUACACGUACGCCAGCCACGCCAGCCACCACCACCACCACCACCACGGCCAGCACCACCACAGCCAGCAGCAAGACUUCAAUGACUUCGACGACAGCGACGACGACUGCGACAACUACGACGAGACGGAUGAGGACGACGACAUGUCGGCGAUCGUGAUCCAGAACGGCUCGCCCUACUACGCCGAGUCCUCGGCCUCUCCCGGCGGCGAGUCCCCCGAACCCAUCACCCCAAUGGGCACGAAAUCGUCAUCGCCAGAUGUCGCCAACUCAUCGUCGUCCACGUACCCCCACUCGCGCGGCCAGAACCUUCGUCCGUCGGCCAAGAAAUCGACCACGAGCUCGAGCCCGCGCCGUGCGCGGAAACCCAUCCCGCCAACGGCCUGCGUGCCCGCCAGCGAGAAAUACGACGAGACCGACGCACAGCUGGUAUAUCUGCGGCAGCAGGGUGUGUCCUACAAGACCAUCAAGAUCCAGUUGAACUUGGAGGAAGCCGAGUCAACGCUCCGUGGACGUUUCAGGACGUUGACGAAGCCCAAGAACGAGCGCCUCCGGAAGCCGGUCUGGGCCGAAACAGAUAUCGAACUCCUGUUGGAAAUCGUCGACCCGGACCUGCCACACAUCAAGUGGAAGCAGGUCUCUGACAACAUCGUCGCGCGAGGUGGCAGCUACAAAUUUGGGUCCAGCACCUGCAAGAAGCAGUACCUUGCAUUGGUUCAAGAAGGCCGUGCUCAGCCGUUGAGCGAGGGUGUGCAGACCAGUAAGAGGAGAAAGCACCGCACUGUUAAGCCUGAGUGA